GUUGGCAACAUUUAUUCUUGCAUAUAAAGAUCAAUUUCUUUUUUGCCAUGAAUCUCUUUCUUUUCUCUUUUCAUAAAAGGCUUAUUCCAUCUUGUCAUAUUCUUAUGUUUCUGACGGUAUCACACCAAGGAUUGUUUUGUGAUCGCAAAACACACGUUGGACUCCUCUGAUGAAACCUCCAUGGAACACCUACUCGUGCUGGCGCAGUUCUUUAUUAAGCGACAAUCCAUCCUGCUUGAACAUACUUGUGCUGUGAACGCAGGUACUAAAAUGCUAUACGGGUUAGCCAAAGAUCAUGUUCUCCAAGGCAAGAAACAUCAGCAUAGCUUUGCCGAUACCAUGGUAGUGAUUUACGUCAUACAUAUCAAGCAGUUGGAACAAGCCUGCGCCUUAGUCAUAAAGUUGUAAAGGUAAACAUAGGAAAUGAAAAGUUAAGAAGCGU